AUGAGUACAGGGGGCAAAAAUGGUCGCUAUAAUCGCCGUUGCCCAUCCCCAACUCCUGAUCCUCCGCCCCCGUAUGAUGCCGCCCCACCACCAUACAGCAUGCCUGACACCACAACAUCCAACGCAUGUGAGACUGCCAUUCACCCUUCGGAUAGCACUGGCGUACUACACGCUUCCUCAUACAAUCCAGCUCCGCGACACUCUGUUUCUGUAUUCGAGGACGCGGAGGAUUGGGAAUCUGUCCUGAAGAAUAUCAAAAAUUUUGUGGAAAAAGGUAUCUCGUCAGAGACGCAGGCUGCGGAAUACGUAAGGACUGCUGAAGCCAUGGUCAAGAUAUCAAAGCAGAUAAAUUGGACCGUGCAAAAAUGGAGAGAUAACAAACUGGCUGGAAACACCAGAGGAGAUAUGGAGCCCGUAAGUCGGGAGUACACGCUGAGCCUCGGCGUAUCGGUCUCUUAUGCAAAUGGAAGGCAAGCUUUUACCAGCGGAGGCUUUGGUCAUUCAUUGGCUAACUAUAUUUCCGCUGGAGAGUCGAGGACCUUCAUACAAUCAGGGUCUGUGAGACAGACUGUUGAUCGUGACCCGACGAAUCGACUUUCUCAACGCGGCAGUUUGGAAUAA